AUGUCUCGACGGGAGGCUCGUGUGGAGGGUGUUGACUACCCGCCGCCACCGCCGAGCAAGUGCGCCAAGGUGUUGUACUACACGUGGAAGCUAUGCUCGGUGGUGUUCUCCCACUUCGUGAUGAUCAGCCUCGUGGUCGCGUACUGCAUCCUCGGCGCCGUCACCUUCGAGCGGCUCGAGGCGCAGCACGAGAGAGAGGUGAAGAUGAACAUAUCUCAGAUCCGCGGCAACACGACGCAGAACAUCUGGUUCAUGACCAACCGAGUGCCGUACCUGAACCAGACGAACUGGACCGCCGAGGUCGUUGACAUGUUAAAGGACUUCGAGAAUGCGAUUCUGCUCGAGAUGAAGGUGCGCGGUUGGGACGGCAACGAGAGUACCGAGCACAUCCAGUGGACGUUCACCGGCGCUCUCUUCUACUCCAUCAUCGUCAUCACCACUAUUGGGUAUGGGCACAUCGCGCCCAAGACUCAAACAGGCAAAGUGGUGACAAUUUUUUACGCCAUCCUGGGUAUACCUCUGAUGCUGCUCUGCCUCUCCAAUAUCGGUGACGUCAUGGCUUCAUCAUUUCGGUUUUUGUACUGGCGGGUGUGUUGUUAUGUGUGCACACGACCUCCGAAACCGAGCCAUCGACACUCUAGGUAAAACACUAGACGAUACAACCGAACUGGCAGCACGCGAGGGUCGACGCGUCGUCGGAAACCACUUGAACGGUCUCAUUCGGACACUGAUUGCAGGUACCGUGACAGCGGCUAUAACAGCACUAGACCACGCCGAGCACGUCCCGGCGCUCUCCCAGCACCAGCCCCGCGCACGCGCUCUCAGCCUCCCGCACAGUCUCGGCCCUUUGGACCUAAAGACUAUGUAGAUGAUCGUUCUCCAGUUAGAUACGAAAAAUAUGGAAGGGAACCGUGUGAAGAGGAAGAGGAGUUUCCAAAAAUAUCACUACCGCUUCAAGACCUACAAGCAGCCCUUAAAGAUUUGGAGGACUACCAGACGAAGGCAGUUUCAAAACCUGAAAUGAGAAGUAAGUCACUUCCAAGACCUGCUAGACCAAAAUCUGACUACGGUCCUCGGCGCGACUUCGAUGACCAGAGACACUUCGACCCCGAUGAUGGUCAGGAAAUUUACGAAAUGCAUGAUCUAUAUGAUGUUGAUUACGAAAAUUAUAGAGAGAGAAAGGCGCUGGAAGAAAGAGAAAAAAGGAAAAGGGAAAGAGAUGACUAUCCGAGAGAUCGCGGGUACGACCCAGAAGAUGAAGACUUUGAAUUUGAUAUUCCUAGAAGUAGAAGACCAGCUUAUGACAGAAGGACCAACCGAGGCAGAUCAGAAUACUAUGAGAGAGAUUUUGAAGACCAUCCAAACGAAAAGAGAAGGGGAAGGCGCGCCCGGAGCGCAGUUUAUGAUUACGAAAGGCGCUGGGAAGAAGAUGACGAUCGUUGGGACGUGGAGAGGGGAGGAGGACGGAGGAGGUUACGUCGGUUGCAAACUGUGGACGAUACUGUGAGACCUCCUAAUAGAUAUACGCCAUCUCCGGAAAGAGACGAAUGGAGCGACGAAGCUCCGCCCAUGCGUCGAGGUCGACCGCCCGCGUGGGGCUCGCGUCAGUCGGACGUGUACGCCGUUCAGCCGGCGGGGCCCGUCAGGGAGGAGAUAAAGCCAGUGCCCAUCUGGCUAUGCGUCUUCCUGGUGGCGUCGUACAUCGUGGCGGGGACGUUCCUGUUCAAGCGCUGGGAAGGCUGGGCGUAUCUUGACGCUGCGUACUUCUGCUUCAUCACUCUCACUACUAUCGGGUUUGGAGAUUUCGUGCCCGCUCAGGGUCAAAGUGGAGAAGCAGCUGACGCCGUCCACUCUAUAGCUCUUUGCUCCCUCUACCUGCUGUUCGGUAUAGCGCUACUGGCGAUGUCUUUCAAUCUGGUGCAAGAGGAAGUUAGGGCCAAUGUUGCUGCGGUCGCCACUCGGCUCGGCAUCAUCAAGCCUCGGGACAACACUGAGGAAUAUUAAUUUUUUUAAGCCACCUCAUGUUAAAUGAUUCUUAUAUGGCUAUCGUCGCCCAUGGAUAUCUGCAACAUAAGACGAGUUGCAGGUGCGUUGCCAACUGAGAGCGAGCAGAACAGGAAAUUCCUGCUC